AUGACCACAGCACGCAACUCGACAAAGUACAGCCGGUCAUACAAAGACGAAGAUGACGCGGAAUAUAAUAGAGGAAGCCAGCAUUUGAAAGUGCAAUCGAGGAAUCUCCAUGGCCACCAGCGCAACGGGUCGACUUACUCUAGGAGCAUUUCGUUGCUUGACAUCUAUUGCGCCGAGAGCCCGUCUAGAGCAACUGGCGACUCGCCCAGCGCGAAUGUCGGCAAGCUAGACGAUGACGAAAUAGACAGUAACUUGGCUCAGAGCUUGGACGAGUUGCAAAUCUUGAGCAGCAACGAAAGUGUCGGCGCUAGCCCUGUGGCGGCUUAUGAUCGGUCCAACUCGACGCUCAUUGGUGGAAACUCGUAUCUGGAGCGACCCAGCAGUAUCAUGUACGUUAAGCCCACCACUGCCAGCGUCGAGCGCGAAGUGUUGAACUCAAACGUGGAUAGAUAUGGCUUCAAGAAAGUGUCGACGCUAAGCAAGAUCACCGCGCCUCAAUACGAUCGAUGGUUCAAGGAAUACUCCGACUACUCGCUUCGAAGGAAGAAGAAAUGGGAAAUCUUGAUGAAGAGCCAUGGGUUGGGUUUGAAACUUGGACACCCGCAAACGCCGGCUAGUUCGGUAAAGUCCGUGGAGGACAUUCCCACUCGUUUCCCUCCCAGAUCCGACAAGGUGAAGAAAAUGGUUAGACGAGGCAUACCGGCAGAGUGGAGAGGCAACGCGUGGUUCUUUUACGCGGGUGGGUAUGAAAGACUCAGCAAACACGAAGGACUCUAUGACCAAGUCGUCCGGGACACGGCCAAUAUAAAGAACAAAGACACCGAGGUGAUUGAACGUGAUCUUUUUCGGACUUUUCCAGACAAUAUCUACUUUAACGCGUCCUUGAGCGCUGGUGGCGGCGGCAGUCCAAGCAGCAGCAGCAGCAACAACAUCCCUGGAGCAACUUCGAGCAACGAGGAGACACUCCUCAUCAAGUGUCUACGUCGACUAUUGGUUGCGUUUGCUCACUACCAACCGCAGAUUGGCUACUGCCAGUCUCUCAAUUUCUUGGCCGGGUUAUUGUUGCUCUUCAUGAGCGAAGAGCGUGCAUUUUGGAUGUUGGUGAUUUUGACCGAGCGUAUCAUUCCAAAAGUCCAUGCGGCAAACUUGGAAGGUGUCCAUACCGACCAAGGUGUGCUAAUGCUCUGCGUAAAGGAGUACAUUCCGCACUUGUGGGGUAUACUCGGGACAACGUUUGAAGGCGAAAAGCUUCUGGAGGACAAGAUGCUCAGCAGGCUCCCGCCGUUGACGCUAGUGACUUCUUCCUGGUUCAUGUCGGUCUUUGUGGGAGUUUUUCCCAUUGAAACUACGUUGCGGGUGUGGGAUAUCUUGUGGUACGAAGGCUCAAAAACAAUUUUUAGAAUAUCAUUGACUAUUUUCCAACUAUGUGUUGACUCGCCGGAGUUCCAGUCGAGACGAAGCCACGGUACCGAUGAAAGUGAGCAAAUUGAACUAUUUCAGCUAAUGCAGAAUUUCCCCAAAAACUUGUUGGAUCCGAACUUGGUGGUGGACCAUUGUUUCAAAAAGAUUGGAGGCUAUGGGUUUGGCUCAUUAUCGCAGGACGAAAUAGACAGAUGUCGCAGCUUUGUUUCCAAACAAAGGGAAAAAUUAAACUCCAACAAUAGACGCAAGGAUUUGACGGAGAUGACACCAGAAGAAAGAAACAGCUUGGUAAUUUCUCACGUGGAUGAUGGGAACAUCCACGAUGUCUACGGUUUCCAUCGACCAAUCAUGAGCGGCAUGUUGUGGAAUAAAAGCAUUAGCAACAAAGUAAAGAAAAAGUUUCAAGCCAAAAAGAAGGACUAA